UGUCCGCCACGUGUCUCCCCCUUCCGCCCGACCCAUCGAUGGCCUUGUUUGAAAGCGGGUCCAUGUUGCCUGGGGCGUUUGACGCGUGGUCGUCACAGGAGGCCGAGCUCCAGGCACUGCUGGCGUGCUCCAGCCCUGCGCUGCGUGACGAGCCGCUGCGGCCGGGCUCGCCGCUGUGGCUCGGCGGCGGAGGAUCGGCAGCCGGGCCAUUGUCGGACGGGCAAGCUGGCGGCUCUUCCCCCACCCCACCACCUGCACAAGUCCCAACCUUCUCGUCACUCCUCUACACCUCGCCUACUUUGGUCCGCACCUCGUCGGUCAAAGCCGCCCCGCUGCUGCGGUCGCUUUCGGAUGGGUCAGAGAACUACGACCUUUUUCGGACGGGCGGCCCUGCCGACGCUGCCCCGUUCUCCACCCUCCCCCUCCCGCCUCUCCCGCUCACCCCAUUUGAGGCAGGCGCUGGACCAAUCCAAUGCGAGCCGCAACCGCUGCGUACCCUCUCGUCGUCGUCGUUCUGCCUGGUCGACUCGCUCGAGCUCGCUGACCUCUCGGAGCCGCCGCAGCCGCCGCAGUUCUCGCUCGACUUUGAGCCGCCCCUCGUCCCGCUCCCUUCACCGCCGCCCCAACCUUGCAAAGACGUAGAUGAAGCAAGCAGCAGCGAAAACUCCCUCAAGCGGCGGGCUGCCUCGCCGGCUCUGCUCGAUGUCUCCGCUGCCGGCGCCCACGCGCCGAAGCGCCCGCGGCGGCAGAGGCGAAAGCGCGACGCCGCGGCGGCAGCGCUUCCGCCGGCGCCGGCGCCGCGUGACUACAAUAAGGAGCUGCAGAUGCCGUGUCUGCCGUGGGCAGUGGCCAAAGUCGACCUCUACGGCUGUGCUCCAGCUGCUCUUCCUGCGCCCUGCAUGCUCACGCUCCUCCAUGCCAUCGACACGCCGGCCACCGGGGCGUGGAUCAGGCUCUCGACCUGGCCGCAGAACUUUGAAGCCUAUGCCGGACGCAUGAUCAUCAUCCGCCGCAACGCAACCGCCCUUCUUCUCGGAUCGUGUGGGCGUGCUCUGCGGCCGACCCACCAGUGGAAGGCACCUUCGUCGUGGAAGACGCUCGCGGUCACCGGGCCCGACCUUUACGUCCAAUACCGGGUCCGGGCCGACAACUCGUUUGCCUACCGCUGCUACGCGCUCCCACAUCCGACUGCGGCUGGACCAGACGUCUCGAUCACUGUCAUGCACGUUCUGCCCCGCAAGAGUAGCUAG